GAGGAGGCAAAGGAUCCAUAUUCGUUUGGGCGAGCGGAAACGGCGGCAUGCACGAAGAUUCAUGCAAUUGCGACGGCUAUACAAACAGUAUUUACACGCUAUCGAUUUCCAGUGCGACGCAAGCAGGAUUGAAACCUUGGUAUUUGGAAGAAUGUUCUUCCACCCUUGCUUCGACCUUCAGCUCCGGUACACUCGGAAGGGACAAGAGUGUAGCGACAGUCGAUAUGGACCCGAAGCUGAGGCAGGAACACCUCUGCACGAUGGAUCACACUGGAACCUCGGCUUCGGCACCGUUAGCGGCUGGGAUGUGUGCCCUUGCUCUCGAGGCGAACCCCAACCUCACCUGGAGGGACAUGCAGCACAUCCUCGUCCUCUCGGCCAACCCGAAGCCUCUGCUGAAAGAGCCCGGGUGGACGGUAAACGGAGCCCGAAGGAAAGUUAGUCACAAAUUCGGAUUCGGUCUGAUGGACGGGGGUGCCAUGGUAAACCUGGCUGAGCAGUGGACGACAGUCCCGACACAGCACAUCUGCAAGACACCCAUCAUGACGGUAGACAGGAUUAUAGACAGGUUGAAAAUGAACGAGUUGUUCCUGUAUAGGAACGAGAGCGGCUGCGAGGGCUCAGAUAGCGAAGUCCGCUACUUAGAACACGUCCAGUGCAAGAUAAAACUUCGCGUGAAGCCUCGAGGCAGCUUGAAAAUCGUUCUCACCUCGCCCUCGGGUACUCCGAGCAUCCUGUUGAAAAGCAGGCCUAAGGAUAACGUGUUCGACGCCCUGGACGACUGGCCGUUCAUGUCCGUCCAUUUCUGGGGCGAGGACCCAAGGGGCACCUGGAAACUGGCAGUCUUCAAUGAUGGAAGAAGGGACCAAGAAUUUGAUGGGAUUUUCAACAGGUGGCAGUUAAUCUUGUACGGGACGGACACCAAACCCGUAAAUCUGAGGCCUCCAUCGUUGCAGCUUUUUAGGAAAUUCGACGAAAGGGUGACAGAGACUUCUUUCUUCAAGGACAAGGCGGAUUCCGAUUCGGUCUACGAAGAGAACAACAAUUUGGAAGAGACGGGCGAAGUGGUUUACAACUGCCACAGCCAGUGCGACGGCAAAGGCUGCUACGGCCCUGAGGACACUCAAUGUAUUUCCUGUGCGAAUUACAAAUUAAACAGGAGCUGCGUACAGAAAUGCCCAGACGAGGACUAUUUCGCUUCAGAUGGGCUGUGCAUUAAAUGUCACAGAGACUGUCGAACUUGUACCGGACCUGGCUAUCACAGCUGCCUCACAUGUGCAAGAAACCUUUACUACAUAACAGAUUUGGCCCUUUGUAUCCAAUCCUGCCCACAUACCUACUUUCAAGAAGAAGAGACGAGAAGGUGCGUCAGUUGUCAUGAAACUUGCGCCAGCUGCGAAGACGGGCCGAACCUCUGUUCUUCAUGUGAAUCACAUCUUUAUCUCUACAACAACUCUUGUCACGCUUCUUGCCCGCCGAAGACAUAUUUAAAUCAUCACUUAAGGUGUGUUUCCUGCCACCCGUCCUGCGAGUGGUGUCAUGGAAGCAAACAAAGCGACUGUAUAGUGAAACAUAAAGACGUCCGAUGCGUCGGAGGAGCUUGCACUCACUGUCCCGGUGGACUCUUGAUGCAGAACACAUCUUGCGUCUCCGUUUGCAGUCCUGGCUGGUACCAAGUCGACAGAGUAUGCAAGAGGUGUUGGCCCGGCUGCACGACCUGCUACGGCAGCAGGAAAGACGAGUGCGUUACUUGCGCCCCGGGAAGAACAUUAGCGAGAGGACAGUGUCGGCUGCACUGUCCGAGAAACAUGUAUUCCACCGUAUCCGGCUGUGCUAACUGUCAUCAAUUCUGUUCCACUUGCAACGGUGGCGGUGCGUAUUCCUGCACUACUUGCGCUUCGGAUAGGUACCUCGACGAGCCGUCGGGCCUCUGCUAUUCUUGCCACAAUAACUGCCUCACUUGUUCCGGCCCCACGAACAUUUCUUGCACGGCUUGCAAGCGCAACAUGAUACUGGACGGCGGCCAGUGUCUCAAGUCCGUCACCAGCGAGGGCACCGGAUGUGUCAACUGCAUCCAUACAGAAGGAGAAAAACUACAUUCAUCUCCUGCAGGAAAGAGGAGAAUAUGGGAGCCUCCAUCGUGGGAGGAGUCCGUCGAGGAGGAGCCGAUGCAAGCGUUCCACCGAGGAAAGCCACCCGAAUAUUCGCCGUUCGUCACAGUGACCGUCAUCGCUGUCAUCGCGUGCAUCGCAAUUGUCGUCCUAUUAGCCCUUCUGUUCGCAACGCUCCAAGUGAGAUGAGAUCCGGUCACCGAAGUCAUACGGAGCUGGUUCACCAACACCGCUGCAUAAAUGGCGAAUGACCAAAUCAAUUUUUUGGGAACCAGUUUUGUUAUGAUUCAGUCCUGUCUCAACCAGUAAGUGGCCUUCUGAUGUGUUCACCAAAAGGAGGACGCAGUUUGUUUUAUUUUUUUCUAUAUAAUAUACUAUAGGUGUGUUAAAUGUACUACCCAAAAAUGUUGAUAUCCUUGUUUAUGAAUCUUAAAAACUAGGAUAUGUCCAUGUGAUUGAAAAUAUAUGUAAUAUUGAAAGAAAAGUGUUCUGAUUUUGUAAAUAGCUCUUGUCAGAAUGUUUUUGCAGGGACUUUUGUAUUUGUAAAUGUUAAAACCGUUUAAGACACCAAAGUCGAAGUCUUUGAGAGCUUUUAAAACAUUUCUUACACUUGAUACUGAUUUAGGUUAAAGACUAUUUUCAAUUCCAUUUUCAAUGAGGCAUUAAAUGAUAAUUUGUGAUUGUACAUAUUGAAUGUUGUUAUUGUGAAUUUUGGCACAAGAAGCUCAACAAAUUGGACACUUAAAAUUAAUAUUGAUUUUUUGAACAGUGUUAAGUGUCUCUUGAUCGAAAUAAACUCAAAAAGUCUGUAUAGUUCAGAAGAGUAAAAUAAAUCGAUUAUUUUGUAUUUCCCGGUCAAUAAAUAAAAUCAGUCAAACAAAUUCUUAUUGCACUUAACAUAAAAUGCUUUAAAUGUGUUUAAAUUUAAAUUUUUAAUCUCGAUUGAUGAAAGACUGAAUUGCAGUAGCCAUAAAAUGUUUCAUCAACAUUAAUUUCUCAAAUAUAUUUUGUAAUUCCGUUUAGACAUAAAUUUAAAACAAAACUACUGAAACGGCCUACUGCAAUAUAAAAAAACUGGUCGCGUGUUCAAGAACAAAACAAAAAACACGCUCAUUUAAUGAAUUUAUGUAUCUGCUUAAGAGUAAGUGGUGUAACGUAUAUUAUUAUUGUAGUAUGGGCAAAAAUAUUUUGGAGUCUGCAGCAGAUCGAAGUUGUGUUGAAUCAGUGUGCGAGUUCGAGCGCUAGCUGAAUUUUGUAAAUAGUGUCAUGUUGAUUAUGUUGUUCACGAUUAUUGUAAAAAAAUCUGUUUAUAAAUAAAAUUGUUCAUAAGUCCA